AUGCUAAGGACUACUGGUUCGAUCCACCCAAAGGAAGGGCCGAACCUUGAACGCAAUUGUUCGCCCAAUGCAAGUCUACUGGAGACAGCCCUGCCCCACGGAGAUGGCUCCCAAAGUAGAGACAGAUUCCGCGAAUUUUGGAUCGAGAUAGGGGGUGCACACGAGACAUGCCCCCACACAUGGGUACUGCAGCUACUGAAUAUUUGCCUGGAGCAAGAUAUCGCCAGAUUUUCAGCCUCUUCCACGAUGCGCACAGAUGAUCCGGGGCAAUUGGUGAAGUAUGGGGAUACUCUUCAGAUACCGAGCAUUCUUGUGGUGGCAUGUCAUAUGACCAUGGGUUUAGCGUCGGGCGACUUGGGCUUUACUCCGAGUGGUUAG